AUGCAACAAGACUUGGACCUAACUAACCUGCUCAAACAAGCCCGCCUCCUAGAAGAUGUAGACAAGUCUGCUACCAUUAUGGAGCAACAGAAAGAAACCGUCCAAGCAAAUUUUCGCCGGCAGAAGGGCCGCAAACAACGACAACAACAGUCUCAAGCGCUUUUCAAGAGCCCACCACAACAUCCACCACCAACUCAACAAACGGAGGGUGCGAACACGCGAGACCCAAACAGUCGUUGCCGACACUGCGGAGGAAAAUGGCCACAUCAAGGGGGUCAAGGUAACUGCCCUGCCAGAAACAAAAACUGCCACACCUGUGAAAAAAGGGGUCACUUCUCACAUGUGUGCAAAUCUCGCAGCAAAUAUCAGGUUGCUGAAAUUACCCAGGACUCUGACAGUGACGAAAAUGUGUUUGCUGUGGCAACAGUAUCGAGUACUUCUAAGCAGAACACACCUCAGGUCGCCUUAACAGUAAACGGCACCACCCUAAUGUUCACAAUUGACACAGGAGCCUCGGUGUCCGUAAUCAGCAGAGACACAUUUUGUCAGCUACGAGGAAAACCGGAGAUAAAAAAGUCAAAUACCCGUGUCUACGCUUUUGGCUCCCAGCAACCGUUGCCAAUAAUUGGCAAGAUCUGUGCCACGCUUUCCUACAAGGAUAAGACAAGCACAGAGGACAUCUUCAUCAUUGAGAAAAGUGUGAGCUCGAUACUGAGUUUCACUGCAGCCACAAAUCUCGACCUCAUCAAAGUUGCAUACACAGUCGACAAAUCACAGUCUCCACUAGUCCAGUUUCCGAGCAUAUGCUCAGGGGUAGGAAAACUAAAGAACUUUCAGGUGCACUUACAGAUAGACAAGGAGGUAGCUCCAGUUGCACAGCCCUACCGCAGAGUACCAUUCGCACUAAGAAAGAAAGUGGAGGCAGAACUAGACCGGCUGCUUGCUUUAGACAUUAUAGAAGUGGCAGAAGGUGCAACACCUUGGGUGUCUCCGAUCGUGAUAGUACCAAAACCAAGAAACCCUGAGGAGAUCAGACUCUGUCUUGAUAUGCGUUGUGCAAACAAAGCCAUUGUGAGAGAGAGACAUGUCUGCCCGACAGUGGACGACAUCAUCACUACACUGAACGGAGAAACAACAUUCACAAAAUUAGACUUGCGAAACGGCUACCACCAACUAGAGCUUGACCCUGAAUCCAGAGUGAUUACGACCUUCGCAACCCACGUUGGAUUGUUCCGAUACAAAAGACUGAUAUUUGGCAUUAACACAGCUGCUGAGAUUUUUCAGGACGCCAUUAGACAAACACUGAGUGGCAUCCCCAAUGUCAUCAACCUCAGUGAUGACAUUCUAGUUUUCGGAAAAACUCAAGCCGAGCAUGACAUUGCUCUCCACAACACCCUAGAAAGACUUCAUGUCUCUGGGGUGACCAUAAAUGUAAGCAAAUGUUCCUUCAGCCAGCCCGAACUGCGCUUCUUCGGAUACCUCUUCUCAGCAGCAGGCAUAUCCCCCGACCCCUCAAAAGUGGAAGCAUUUUGCCAGCUACAGCCACCUACGAACAUCCACGAACUCAGGAGCCUCCUUGGAACUAUAAACUUCUGUGGCAGAUUUAUUCCCAACCUGACUGAUCUAACUUACCCUUUGAGGAGGUUGGCAAAAAAUGCACUGAAUGGGUAUGGGGACCUCAGGAGGAACACGCAUUCACGACACUCAAAGACAAGUUGUCGGCGGCAUCCAGUUUGA